AUGGACAGUAUCAAUUCCGCAGACAGUUCAAGGCCCGCGGUCCUCUCAUGGCGGUUCUCCGCGGCACCUCGCAAGCGGAGCAAGGAUCUGAAUUUACAUGGAGUGAUCGAGGAGGAGGCGAUACUGGGGACAGCUCGCGAACAGGCGACUCACGACCUUGCACUCGUCGAGCAGUCCAAUCUCGAGAUCCGUGAGAUCACAGCCGCAAUUGACCCGUUUCUGCAACUCCCAGACGCAAUGUCCGCCGAGGACCGCUCUUUGCUUCAUAGCUGCGAGUUCCCCGCGUCAAGCGACGUGAAUGCCACAUUAACAGCUGAAGAUCUGCUCCACGUUCCCGGCAAGGUGUACGGAACAGAAAUAGCCUCGAUCUUCAACCCCGUGCGCGACGUCAGCUUUCCAAUCUCCCUCAGCUCCGAUCUGACCAUGAGGUGGAUGCUCAUCGCGGCGGAUGGAUUGUUCACCAACAAUCGGACCAGCGGCGACACACAGGUAUCCCUGAUGCGACGAAAAGGCCAGGCAUACCGGAGAUUGAAUGAUGCUAUAUGUGAGAAUAACGGCGCAGUCACAGACGCCGUCCUCGGCGGGAUAAUAAUGGCUGGGAUAACAGAGUCGCGCUUGAUGGACCCCUUUGCAUCAAAAACACAUCUACAGGGAUUCGAAGCGGCACUCCGCGCACGAGGCGGGCUCGAGGCGAGUCUGAGGGCCACCUCAAACCGAGCCCUCCGCAUGUCGCACGUCAUGCCAUAUGUAGUCUGCACUCCACUGAAAUCCGAUGGGGAACCGGACGAUGCCCGCCAGCUGUACCGAUUCCUCAACAGACUACAAGCCGCAAUGGGGAUGUCGGGAUUUGCAGACUUUGCUGCCCCCGGAUCUCCACUCCCCGGGUUACUUCCGCUGAAGAAUAUGGCGUGCAUUGAGCCGGCACUUGCACAUCGCACCUUAGCAUUCUACCUGAAGCCGGAUGAACGGCGGGUCACACGAUUCAUGGACGAAAGCGCCCUCGUAUCUUUCCCUGUUCCUCAUCACCAUAACGUUCUGGAUGGUGAUUGA